GCUCCCGGCUCCGGCUCCCGGGCCGGCGGGCGGCCGCUCACCAUGCCCGGCAAACACCAGCACUUCCAGGAACCGGAGGUCGGCUGCUGCGGGAAAUACUUCCUGUUUGGCUUCAACAUUGUCUUUUGGGUGCUGGGAGCCCUGUUCCUGGCCAUUGGUCUCUGGGCCUGGGGUGAGAAGGGUGUUCUCUCCAACAUCUCAGCACUGACAGAUCUGGGAGGUCUGGACCCAGUGUGGCUGUUUGUGGUGGUCGGAGGGGUCAUGUCAGUGCUGGGCUUUGCUGGCUGCAUUGGAGCCCUCCGGGAGAACACCUUCCUGCUCAAGUUUUUCUCCGUGUUUCUUGGCCUCAUCUUCUUCCUGGAGCUGGCGACAGGGAUCCUGGCCUUUGUCUUCAAGGACUGGAUUCGAGACCAGCUCAACCUCUUCAUCAACAACAACGUCAAAGCCUAUCGGGAUGACAUUGACCUCCAGAACCUCAUUGACUUUGCUCAGGAAUACUGGUCUUGCUGUGGAGCCCGAGGGCCCAACGACUGGAACCUCAAUAUCUAUUUCAACUGCACUGACUUGAACCCGAGCAGGGAGCGCUGCGGGGUGCCCUUCUCCUGCUGCAUCAGGGACCCUUCGGAAGAUGUCCUCAACACCCAGUGUGGCUAUGAUGUCCGGCUCAAACUGGAGCUGGAACAGCAGGACUCCAUCCACACCAAAGGCUGUGUGGGCCAGUUUGAGAAGUGGCUGCAGGACAACCUGAUCGUGGUGGCCGGGGUCUUUGUGGGCAUCGCCCUUCUGCAGAUCUUUGGUAUCUGCCUGGCCCAGAACCUCGUGAGUGACAUCAAAGCGGUGAAGGCCAACUGGAUCAAACAUGAUGAUGGCUACAAACUACUCAAAUAAACAAAACCCUGAACAGCGCUGGCUUGCACCCACCAUCUCGGAGGUUCUGGCAGCUGCAGGGCCUCAGCAGAGCUCUCCGCCCGAGGCCCCGGCUCAGACCCAACUUGCCAGUGUGCUUUGGUCUGAGUGGUGUAUCGGAGCCGACCUUUAAAACCUGGCAUAUUUCACAUAAAAAGUCCAGUCCCCGGCUUCUCGUGAAGAAUGGCCAUCUGGCCACGGCGGCUCUUCUGUGGCAACUUCUCCCGGGACCUGCACUUCCCUUCUGCUCACCCAAGUGCCCUGCCUGACCCCCCUUAGACUGGGAGUUGACCUCCCCACACCUCUGUAGAGUUAUUCCCUGCAGGCACUCAAGGCUUCUGUGGGCCAAGCCUGGAGUGAGGCAUGGGGAUAUGAGGUGGAGAGGAGGGACGUGGCACUGAAAGACCACGGCCUGGGCAGAGUCUGGCCUUGCUGGGGACUGAGGUGGGUACCAGGGUGCCCAGAAAAAUGGCUAAGGGAAGGGAUGGCGAGCAGGCAGCUUUUAGAAGGAAAUCACUGGUCUCCAGGGGUUGGCCUCUAUGGGCAUGGGAAAAUACAGUUUGGAUGACCAUCAGUGUGACUCCUGGGCUCAUUUGGAAUCAAUUUCAAAAUCACCCCAGUGGCCUGCAGAGCUGCCUCAUGCCCACCAGAGGGCGCGCCAGCACAACAUUCUCGGUCUGGCUGCUUUGCUCCAGCAUCCUCACCUGUACAGCCGGUACCUGGUGUGCCUGGUGUAUCCACCUUGCUUUCUAGUGCUUCGGGGAAUUCAGCAAGGACACAGUGUCCUGGGAACCCUCACAGGCACAGGCCAUGGGUGGUUUAUACAUGCUACAAUAAAUGAAGCUCACAGUGAC